AUGAAUAGGAAGUAUGGUAAAUGCUCUGGAUGCAAUAAAAAAAGGUCCCUUAAAUAUGGGAAUGUAGACUUGUGUACUGGAUGUUAUUCUGCACAAUUCCAGUCUGUUAAUAGCGGGAAUUCAGAUAUUGACAAUCUGAUUAAAGCAACACAGAGAAAUAAUAUUCAAUUUAGGUUAGAAUGGAUCUCAUUUGAGGAUUUUGUGGAUGUCCAGAAGGUUGCAGAGGGCGGAUUUAGUCCUAUAACAGUUGUAUUAAAAGUCCUUAAAGAUUCUCAAAAUAUAAACUCGGCAUUUAUAAAGGAG